UCUUUUUGCCACUGUCUCGCAAACCAUAAAGAUGUUGCUUUCAUGGAGAGAUCUCAAUACUGUUACCAAAAUAUUGAACAACUGUAAUAUUCCUACGACGAUAGCUAUGGUGAAAAUAAUCAGUAUUUGGUACCAUAAACAUGAUCUGAAAUACUUGGUUCGCGAGGUCUUUACGGACUGGAAAGUACAAAAUUCCGAGAAAAAACUUGCACUUAUGUGGAGAAACGCCAGGAUGAGUAGAUUUUUCUCGAUGGGGUGCAUUUUUUUGACCGAAGGGACGCUUUUGAUGCAAUGUAUGGUGGGCCUGCUCGAGCCGAUAUCUUACGCCCUUGGUAAGAAAACCAAUGGAACCGAGUGGCCUUUGUACAUGAUAGGCUCAUUUCCGUACGAUACUCAAGUCAGUCCAAAUUACCAAAUUUCGAUGUUUGGCCAGCUACUCUCUAACGUUUUUGCAUCCAUAGCAUUUUCUACCAGUGAUUCGUUUUUCGUCGUUCUUAUGCUGCACUUGAUUUCCCAGCUCUCGAUUCUUAAGCUGGAAUUACUUAAACUACCUAAAAAAAUUAAUAAUAUCAAUGACAAGGUGGAAUUCAUCGACAGAUUCUCUUUAAUACACAUGAGAUACAAUCAGUUAUGGAGGUUUUCCAUGACCAUAGAAGAAACUUUCAGUACGAUGUUUCUCAUACAGAUGGUACCCUGUAUUUUUGUUUUAUGUACUCAAGGUUAUCAACUUAUUAUGAUAACAGCUGCCGAUAAUACAUCUCCAUUGGAAUUGUUGUUUAUGAUAUAUUUUUUGGUUUUAUUUUUAUUCACGAUUUUCUUGUACUGUUAUAUUUCAGAACUAUUACGACAGGAAAGUGUAGAAAUCAGCCAUGCAGCAUACAAUUGCGAUUGGUUCAUUUUGCCAGCUAAACAAGCACAAUUACUAGUUUUUAUGAUUAAUCGAGCACAGCAUCCAUUUUUAAUAACAGUUGGAAAAUUUGCUAAUUUCUCGUUGCAGUUAUAUUGUCAAAUUUUAAAAACCUCUGCUGGUUAUUUAUCAAUGUUACUGGCUGUGAAAAAUAAAAUGUCCUUCGAAACAUAUCGUUUGAUAUGGAUCAUGCAGUUUUUUGCAGCAAUUAUUAGUGCUGCAGCGUUUACCUCAUUUGAUGGUUUUUUUAUAUUUUCAAUAUUGCAUUUGUGUGCACAGUUACUGAAUCUACAGUUGAGCAUACGAAAUAUAAGCAGAAAAAGCAAACAACGAAGUUUUGUUAAGUUAAUAACCGUACUUGUUAAUAGACAUAUUCAUCUUCAAAAGCUUAGUUAUUGCAUAGAAGGCAGUUUCAAUCCAAUAUUUUUGGUGCAGAUGAAUCUUAACAUAAUUACUAUAUGUUUACAAGGUUAUCAACUAGUUAUGAUUCUACGUAUGAAAAAUUUCAAAGACAGUAUAUCUACUGCAGUAUUUGUUAUAGUUUUUACAUCAGCAUGUAUUUUGAGUCUUUUCACGUACUGUUUUGUUGCCGAAAAACUUCGAUCCGAGAGCUCGAAUAUUUUCCACGUCAUAUAUGAUAUACCUUGGUACGAAAUGAAGCCUUCGGAAUCUAAAAUGAUACUAAACAUAAUGCAAGCUGCAAUGAAACCGUUUACUCUUACUGCCGGAAAAUUAUUGGAACUUUCUUUUAAUUAUUUUACAAAGGUACUGAAUUGUUCAGCAGGAUACUUAUCGAUACUGUUGGCGAUACAAAAAAAUAAAAAUGAUACGCAAUAGUGCGGGUUGGUAUUCAAAUUUAUCAUUUAUCAUGA